GCACCGCGUCUUUCGGUCCAUCAGUCCGCUGACGCUGUCCUCCUCACACGCGCCGUCCCCGCGCUGGGCGGUGGGCUCCGGGCUAGGGUGGCCCCGCCGACGGCAUGGCCCCUCUCUGCCUCAAUUGCUCCAUCCUCUCUGGAGACCUGCCCCCAGAGAGUACAAGGAUCCCUGUCCCCUGCAAUGGCAGUAGGGCCUGGGGGCUCUUUGAACCCGAGGACCUGAACCUGACUGACGAGAUGCUGAGACUCAAGUACCUGGGACCCCAGCAGACAGACCUGUUUGUGCCCAUCUGUGCCACGUACUUGUUGAUCUUCGUCGUGGGCACCGUGGGCAACGGGCUGACCUGCGUGGUCAUCCUAUACCACAAGGCCAUGCGCACACCUACCAAUUACUACCUCCUCAGCCUCGCCAUGUCCGACCUCCUGGUGCUGCUCGUGGGCAUGCCCCUGGAGCUCUACGAGAUGUGGCACAACUACCCCUUCCUGCUGGGCGCCAACGGCUGCUACUUCCGCACGCUGCUCUUUGAGACAGUCUGCCUGGCCUCCGUGCUCAACGUCACCGCCCUGAGCGUGGAGCGCUACGUGGCCGUGGUGCACCCGCUGCAGGCCCGGUCUGUGGUGACACGGACCCAUGUGUGCCGUGUGCUUGGGGCCAUCUGGGGCCUCGCCAUACUCUGCUCUGUGCCCAACACCAGCCUCCACGGCAUCCAGCAGCUGGAUGUGCCCUGCCGGGGCCUGGUGCCUGACUCUGCCAUCUGCACCCUGGUCCGCCCACAGGCCCUCUACAAGCUGGUGGUGCAGACCACCGCCCUGCUCUUCUUCUGCCUGCCCAUGGCCACCAUCAGCGUCCUCUACCUGCUCAUCGGGCUGCGGCUGAGGCGUGAGAGCAUGCUGCUCAGAUGGGAGGCCAAGGGCAGAGGCGCCGCUGAGGCCAGGUCCAGUGACACCUGCAGCCUGCAGCAGAGGCUGCAGGACAGGGGCCGGAGGCAGGUGACCAAGAUGCUGUUUGUGCUGGUUGUGGUGUUUGGGAUCUGCUGGGCCCCGUUCCACGCUGACCGCCUCAUGUGGAGCCUCGUGUCCCACUGGACAGACAGCCUGCAUCUGGCCUAUCAGUACUUGCACGUCAUCUCUGGCGUCUUCUUCUACCUCAGCUCAGCCGUCAACCCCGUGCUUUACAGCCUCAUGUCCAGCCGCUUCCGAGAAAACUUUCAGGAAGCCUUGUGCUUUGGGGCCCAGUGCUGCCACCACAGACCCCGCCACGGCUCCCACAGCUUCAGCAGGAUGACCACAGGCAGCACCCUGUAUGACCUGGGCUCCCCGGGCGGCAGAGCCCUCCCUCUGGCUGAGAAUGGUGGCCCAGAGGGGCUGCAGGAGACUGACUUCUGCUGAGGGAGCCUCGAAAAAGCUUUAACCGGAGGUCAGAGGGCCACGUGCAGUUUGGGGGGGCCUCAACCUGCCUUCUUUUGCAGAGACGUCUUCAUGACUUGCCCCCUUGUGUCCUGUCCCCACUUCAGCCUAGAAACUCUGACCAGCACCUCAGUGACUCCUGCCCCCAACCACGUGUUUGAGAUUGAGGGCGAUCCUGAGAGAAAGAGGAGUGAUCCCUGAUUGCUGAGGACCGCGUUGCACUAAGCGCCGUACUGUCUUUUACCCCUCAUAAGGGACAUAAAGGUGCAGCUGCCCGCUAGA